CAAUGUUCAUGGCGAUCUGGGCUGCAGCUUUGCUGAUCACCUUCCAUCUUUGCCGGGAGGAAUCCAGCACCAAGGAGACAAAACCAAGAAUGGAUAAAGGAGAAGAAGGAAUUUACUCCGAUUUGCUCAUUCCUGGGAUUCAUCCUGACCCCAAACAUCUAGGCCAGGACCAAGGCCAGUGGGCGCAGGCCGGGCCAAAGGGGCCCUCUGGACCGACAGCGGAGGUCAGGGCUGGGCCUAGCUCAGGCUCCGUCAGGCAGCAGGCCGGGGCCGGGCCUAGCUCAGGCUCCGUCAGGCAGCAGGCCGGGGCCGGGCCUAGCUCAGGCUCCGUCAGGCAGCAGGCCGGGGCCGGGCCUAGCUCAGGCUCCGUCAGGCAGCAGGCCGGGGCUGAGCCCAGCUCCCCCCAGACGGAGCCAGCUCAGGAUUCAACAUACACCAGCCUGAAAGCACGAGCGGACGACGCUGACUAUCAGCACUGCGGCAGUCAGAGACCUGAGGACCAAACUGUGGUGACAUUCUCAGCCCAAGAUGAUGAAGUGAACAUUCAGACACGAGCGAGAGUUGGGGACUGAGAUAAAGAUUCUACACGCCCGGGGACUUAACAUAUAAAUAUAUUCCUAACACGCAAAACCAUUCAUUAGAUACGUAACUCC